GUACGCUGAAAGAAGUGCAACGCUCCACAACGACCCGAACUACCCGUACCACCAGGGAAAUGCCAUCGUUUCGUCCAUCAAUUACAGCGGACUGACCACGUCGGGCGAAACCGCAUCAAACAAAGCCUUGAUCAAAACCAGCAAAUCAGUGUUUUUGUUUUCAAUUUAGGACUUGAUCGAACACCGCUGUUUGUUUUCUCGCUCUGUUAUGGCCUCGCCCAACGAGUCGAGCCCUCUAUUGCCUGACCCCAACAACAAGCCCUCGAAACGAGACGAGAUGAGCGCGUUGACCUACUGGCGCGUCGGAGCCGUCUACGGCGCCACGGCCGUUGCGAUGGGUGCCUUUGGCGCCCACGGGCUCAAGAAGCGCAUCACGGACCCACAGAAGAUUGCGAGCUGGGGCACGGCGGCUCAUUACCAGCUUCUUCACUCCGGUGCUGUGAUGCUGGCGGCAAGUGUUGGAACUGGCAACCCCGUGGCGGCUGGCCUCUUCACCGCAGGCAUGACAAUGUUCAGUGGCAGCAUAUAUGCCUUGAUCCUCGAUCCCGAGAGGUUCAAAUUCCUUGGACCCGUGACACCCAUUGGAGGAGUUUGUCUUAUUGCUGGCUGGAUUGCAUUGGGCUUCACCAAGCGCGGUGCCUUCCCGCGUCUACGAUAGAUGUGUAAAACACAGGUGCUAUUUGAUUACUCCUCUCUCACACAAAACUUUUAUCAGUGACAAAUUCGCCAACGUGUAUCAAAGCCCGCACAAAGUUCAAAGUAAGAAUCAUCUGAUAUAUUCCGUUUUAAAAAUCC